UAGAGAGUACACAAACAGAAAGUAGCCUGUUAGAUGACUAGAUGUAAUGUCAUAGUAGGAACUAUUGUUUUUUAGCAAAUUCAGAGAAAGACGAGCAUGAUUCUUGAUCAAAGCUGCUAAUUUCUAGACUAAAAAAGAAGUAGAAAAACUGCUAAUAACUAUUAUUAUUAUGGCAGAGCACUUUUAUUACCUUUACUCAAUGAAAGACUAUUUUGGAUUGACUACAGGUGAUUAUCGGAUUUUUGUGGCUGAUCUAUUAUUGCUCUCUUAUAAGUUCACCAGAAUUCAGGUUGUGACUCAUCGAGUACUUGCGGUAACAAAAAGACCUACAUGUGUAUGUGAACUUUUACUAUGCUGAAUUAGAUUGAUAUAUCAAUUCAUAUUCACUGGACUACAUGUUUGUUGGUAUCAUGCAAUUCAUGCAAAACGGUGUUGUUCAAAUGCAAUUAAGUUCCACUGAAAUGUAGCUGUGUUUGCUAAAAAUCUGUCCGUGACAUGGAACAGAUAUGCUUCCUUGCCCAUCCUAAGAAAUGCCUUCCACUCUUCUGGCUGAAAGGCUGAAACUGUACAUGUUUGUGCUGGAAUAUGUUUCCGCGCAAUCAAAAACUGAUCCGCUACUCAAAACCAAAAAAAAAAAAAAAUGAAAGGAAGGAAGGAAGAGAAAAUGAUGAGAGUCAAAUGAGUAAGAAAUAAGGAUACUACUGAAGCAUGCCAUACCAAAAAACAAAUGCCGUCAAAUAUUGAACAACAAAAUUUUCAUCUGCUGAUGAAACCAACAAAGAGGCUAAUUUAUGAUUCAUCCAUUUUCAGAAACAACUCCUCAAUUAUUAACAUCCGGGAGCGUACAGUAUCUGAAGAAUUCCAAUUAAAGCAGGGUCUCAUCGCCAAUGAGUCUCUGAAAUGAGACGAAGUUGACACCAUUGGACAAGGUUAAAUAGGUGAAUCAAGAAUAUCAAAGAAAGAAUAAAGUCAGCCCAGCUUCCCCAAAGCCUAGUUUGGUCUAUAUUUACUUCUUGUUUUUCAACUUUAAGAAAAUCUGAUAAACAAAAAAAUGCAGUUUUAAUUUUGGAAACAAAGAUGGCAGUGGCAUUCCUAUCUUGCUAUAGCGAAAACAAACCGAUUACUUCUUUUUCUUAAGCAUUACCUGUAUACCAAAAUUUUCAUGAAGACCAAAUUAAAUCAAUAAAUAAGAUUAGACAGCUGUUAACCUCCAUCAACUAUAGGAAAGAGUGUUCUAAAAUCCAAAUUCAAGUAGGGUAAAAUCUCUUUCAUGUCCAUCGGCUGUCGCUGAUCUCUCUAGUUGACUACACAAUAUCUAUCACAUUUGCAUAUCAUGAUUAUAUUAUAUUACAAAAAGAAACAAAAUGUUUACUACAUAUACAUGGGGACUAGAGUAACCCAACAAUAUAAUGUAAACCAAAACCCCUAGGAUUUGUUAGUGACUACAAAAGAUAAAACAGUAACCCCUGAUUCAAUUUGGUCCUUCUUCGAAGUUGCAUGCAUGGCAGCAGACAAGCGCAAAACACCCGCCAUAUAUCUUCUAUUGUUCGAGGCCAUAUCUCUCUCUACAUGCACUACUUUUAACCUCCAAACAAAAAAACCGCAUUCACCUUUUCAUGCUUUUCUUAAUACUACUGUUUCUUUCUUUCUUCUUCUUUUUUCUUAUGAUUUGUAUUUCCCAAAUCCUACUUACAUACCCAAGAAACAUAAAUGUUAAAAAAUAUCUGAAUAUAACAGAUGUUGGGUUUGGGAUUUGAACUUUGAAAUACUAUUCUCUAUAAAACCCUUACUGUACAGAACACAAUUUUCUUCUCUUUUGUUGUUCAUCAACAAGUUAGAUUUCGUUAGUACUAAUCUAACAAAACCAAAGAAAACAAAGAAAUUAAAAAGAUCGAUGGUGCUGCUUAUUAUAAGGUUCAAGAGUAGUUUUGUGCUUGGAAUUCUCUUCAUUCUGGUCGCAUUUAGAGAUUCUAUUAAUGCGCAUACCCAACAAGCUCUCGAGAAAAAGCCGGCGGGAACAGAGAAUGGGUUUUGGAUGAAUAGAAGGAAUGUUGUGUCAGUUGAUCAGGAAUUUUUCGAUGGUGUUCCAACAGUGGCUGAUAUGACAUCGGAAAACAACAAAAAGCUCGGAGGAAGAAAAAUGUUGGUGACCGCUGAUAACGAUAGAAAGACCGCGAUAAAACACGAAAAUGCAGGACAAUUUAUUGGAGAGGCUACUACUAAGAUUUCAGGUGCUGAACAUUCUUCUGUUGGAAACACUGAUAAGUCUCAAAAAGGGAAUAAUGAAGGGGUUGAGCUGAAUGUAGAAUCUAACAAAUUCAUGAGUAACACUGAUAGAAGUAGUCUGCCAGUGAACGUUAGUCUAGGUGAUUCUAUAGCUGUGAGUGCUGAUUAUCUUGACCCAAGACCUCACCCACCUAAAAAUAACUGA